GUGGUGAAUUCAGCUUGUCCAUCCGAUAUCUUCUAGGCCAUACUAAGUGCUGAUGUUUGCUCCUUCGGUUCCAAGCGUAACAAUUAAGAGUCACGUUGAUAUUUAGAAAAAAAAGUUUUUAUCUGUUCAUUUUUUAAAAUCAUUUUUACUAGUAAAAAGAGAACGAACAGAGAAAAAAGCUAAUAUUUUAGGUUUUUGAAACAUAGUUUACUGUUUUUGAGGAACAAUAGUCUGUCUAUAAGAUGUAAUCCCGCGGAAACACAGUUGCAUCCGACAAGCAGAGGGAUGCUGUACACCGCCGACUGCAGCAAAUUUGUCCGGCUUUUCUUUGUCUUGUCUUUAUUCUUAGUUUUUGUCAAAGGAUCAGAUGAUAGCGAAGUAAUAUCAGCGAACUUAACAGCAGUUGAAGAUCGCUCUGUUGUUCUACCCUGUAAUGUAAGUUUCCCAGCUGAAAACGACGCCAUCUCUUUAGUUCUCUGGUUUCGUGGAGAUUCUGGUGUACCAAUUUAUAGCCUAGAUGCUCGCAACGGCUCAAUCUACAAAGCCUUUCAUUUCUCUGACGACAUCCUAGGAACACGUGCCUACUUCAAUCUGACCUCGAAACCCCCACUAUUAAAGAUAGAACCGGUCAAAGAAGAGGAUGAAGGAGAAUAUGAAUGUCGGGUGGAUUAUCGACGAGCACGUACAGAAAAGUGGAGAGGCCACUUGAGAGUGAUUGUUCCUCCAAAAAAUGUUGUUAUCAUGGACCAUGAAGGAACACAAAUAGAAGGAAUUAUCGGGAGAUUCAAUGAAGGAUCAUUUCUGUCAUUAUCCUGUGAAGCUGAAGGAGACCCAACUCCAGCUGUCACGUGGUGGAGAGACUCAGCCCUGCUGGACGAUGAUUACAACCUGACCCCAAGAGGAAUUGUUCGGAAUGAGCUGUUAAUCAAACGUCUCCAGAGAGAUCACUUGAUGUCAGUGUUGACGUGCCAAGCGUCUAACUCCGACUUUAAUGUACCGGUGUCCAGAUCAGUAACACUGGAUUUAAACCUAAAGCCCCUGGAUGUCAGAAUUUCAACACUUAAACGACCCCUCUCAGCAGGACGACAAGUAGAGGUUGUAUGCCAGUCAAGUGGCUCUAGACCCCCUGCCCGAAUCUUAUGGUGGAAAGGAACUGAGAGAAUAUCCAAAACAACAGUCCCGAGAAAUGACAAUGUGACUGUUAGCAAGAUUACCUUUUUACCCACGAUAGAAGAUCACGGGAAACAUUUAUCAUGCCAAGCAGAUAACCCUAUGAUUCCAAACAGUGCCUUGGAAGACGGCUGGACACUUACUAUAUUUUAUCUACCAAAGCUGAGACUUUCGUUAGGAGCAAAUAUACAGCACGAUACUAUUAAAGAAGGAAGCGAUGUCUACUUCGAUUGUAACAUUCAAGCUAAUCCCUGGGUAUCGGAAGUUGGGUGGAGGUUUGAAGGCAAGCCAUUCUUCAGCAAGACAAAAGAGGGUAUCAUCAUCAGUAACCAGACUUUGGUAUUACAGAAAGUUACUCGAGAAAGACGAGGGCGUUAUCAGUGUGUCGCAGCCAAUGUAGAGGGAGAAGUAGAGAGUGAAGAAAUAAUACUGAGGGUACACUACGCUCCUGUUUGUAAGCCUGGCCAGAAAAUCGUUUACGGCGUUGCUAGGAUAGAGUCUGUGAUUAUCAGGUGCGAAGUUCUAGCAGAUCCAGAAGAUGUUACUUUUCAUUGGUCUUUGAACAAUACAUUUGAACGUAUCGAGCUUCAUUCUUUCACAACAAAUGGAACAAUCAGUGAAGCUACAUACAAGCCAAGAACAAGAUACGGUUACGGAAUAUUAAGUUGUUGGGGAAAGAAUGAAAUUGGUGCACAAAAAGAGCCUUGCAACUAUACCAUCAUACCAGCAGGAAGGCCAGAUCCCGUGAAGAAUUGCGAGAUUACAAACAGAACGAUAACAGUUAUUGAAAUAGAGUGCGAAGCUGGUUAUAAUGGGGGAUUAAAACAGAUGUUUCAUUUAGAAGUGUUUAACUCUCCACUGGAUAGACUACAGAUCAACAUGUCCGAAAAAGAUUUUCCAACUUUCACUAUCAAUAAUCUUCCUCCAGGAACGAACUUUCUUCUUGCAAUUUACGCUUCAAAUUCAAAGGGUAAAAGUCAUUCUGUCGCUCUGACUGCAACGACAUUACCAGCUCCGGAGAAACGUACAGCAAAAAUUGAAAGGCCAAUCAUCAGUCCUGUGCUGGGUAUUUUAAUUGGAAUAGUUGGGGCUCUGGUGCUUAUGGCUGUUUUUAUUGUCAUCAUAAUGAGGCUUAGAGCACAAGAAGAAGAGAAAGGUCCUGUAGAACAAGACAUUGUGGACAAAAGUCAGACACCUCUUCAGAAAGAUAUGGACGACCCACUUGACCCAGAUAGUCGAGAACCCGACGUCAUCCCUGCCUCUGCUAUUGACUUGCAUGAAAGGAAUGGUGGUAUUGGAAGAGUGACUGGAGUCUAUCACACUGCACAUAAUGGAAAAGAUCGGCCACGCAAUCCCCCUGGGCUCCAGCCUACUGUCCUUGGAACCACUUCGGUAGCUGUGCCAACGGAUAAACAAGAAGUAACUUACGCGGAGCUUUCAAUGCCUACUUCCCAUGCUUCGACUGCAGUCAGACGUACAGAGCCACCGACAGAAUACGCCCAGAUCGACUUCUUCAGACAAGCAAAACAGUUGGUACUCCAGCCAGAUCAUGAAGAGGAUGACAGCCACAUAACAGCGGAAACCCCAUUAAUGGAAGCGUUGUCAAGCAUAGCCGGAAGGCAUCGAAUUACGUCUGUUAGUGAUCGAAGCAAGAUUUCCACACCGGUGUGAAACUUCUCAUGAUAUUGAUGUAUGGCACCUAUUUAGUGUCAGCUCUUGAUAACCGAUAACGUCGAAGAUUUCGAUAUUAUGAGAUGUUAAUCGCCAAAUGGACAAAACGUUUAAAGGCUCGAGUCUAAAUGUCGAAUAACCACUUUGGGUACACAGAACUGACCGCUUUUAACGGGUACCUGAGUUGUCUUCAAAGUAUUUUGAUUAGCUGAAAAUUGGUGGUUUUGAUUCAUACAUUAGGCUCGAAUCCUACAAAAAAACCAUUAUAACCUCAGUCGAAAGUCUGUAUUUAAAGUGUGUCGUCUGAUUUGUUCACAUCCUUGAUGGCCUCAUUUUGAGUAAAUAUCAUUUCCUCGACCUUACUAUGUGUACAUAAGAGCAUGUUAUUAUACAGAAUCAAAACGUUAAAUAUUGUAAGUUCUUGUGCUUGAGCAAAGUGGACAUCAAGUAACCUUGACAGCCAACAGCAUUCUUCAUUUCACUGUUUUUAAUGAAGAAUACCUGUAUUUCUGUAACUCUUUCGAUAACUUGUGGUAACCUUCUACUAAAUGUAUAUCAAACACGAACAAUUUUUCUCCAACGUUUUCUUGUCGUGAAAAUUCAAUUCAUCUAAAUAUUGUAAAGGAGUACAAUGUUAUAAGAUAACCUAUCGUUAAUUAUUACUGCUAAAGACAUUCCAGAUUGAGUUUUUCAAAAACAACAUUAAAUAUUUAUUUAAAAACAUCUUCGUUGAAAUCAUAAUUCAUAUGUUUGCAAAUAUAUCAGUUGUUUAUCAGUUCCUAGAUUAAUUUUGUUACUGGAUUAUGGCUUACCAUUCCACAUAUAUUUGUUGUUUUUUUGUGAUGGAAAUACUGAUAUGUAACUAAAUUUAAUCAUAUAUAUAUAUAUAUAUAUAUUGUUUUUCACAGAUAACAUUUAACGCAUAUGUUUCUUGGAAUUUUACAACUUUAAAUGUGUUUUAUUAAAAUUGGCAUGGUUUUUCAGAUAUGUUUGUUGAGAAGAAAACUGGUAGAAGGUCUCGUUUUUAAAUUGUUUCGUCAUAUAUAGUUUGAUUUGUGAAAUUUAUGUAUAUGAAGAAAAGUAAGACAUUUAAGUUAUAAGGUUCGCAUUGAGUUGGAAAAUUAAUAUAAAUAAAUUG